AUGUGGCGAUGGCUGUUUGUACUGAAAGUUUUGUUCAGUGCAAGAGGGUAUAUGUAUUACACAAAGCUAGUUCAGGCCGCUGAUGCAAAUGGUCGAUUUCAAUUUUCUCAUGAUAUUUAUUCAAGUACAAAAGCUUUCGGAGUCGUUUCCAUUUCCAUUCAACGUGGUCUUGGAUCCGACGGGCGAGCCGCUGUGUAUGUAUCGACGAUCCCUGGGCUAGGCAAUGCUGUGGCAGAUCAAGACUUUAAAUCGCCAUGUAAUGUUAGUCUUGUGUGGCAAGAUGGUGACGAUUUCGAUAAAGACCUUUAUGUACCAAUUUACAACGAUGGCAAGCCACAAAUAGACCCAAAGUCGUUCGUGUUAGCUUUGCAUGAUGCUGUUGGUGCUCACAUUAAUGCGGAUCGCAAUCAGGCACAAGUCGUUCUUCUUCCGUCUUCAAAGCGUGCGUCUGCUCGAAGCUUUACUUUUCAGGAUACUGCUAUUGAUGUCGUAGAAGGUGAAGAGUUAAUCAUUCCAGUGCUCUGGACGAGUACUACAAUGUUAACGGCUAGCGUGAAUUUCGAAAUCAUUUGUAAUACUGCAUGCUUUCCAAUGGACUUUGUGUUGGUAUCACCAGUCUCUCAGCUUCUGGAAUGGAAGUGCGACAACAAUUUUGCGAAUGAUGCUACCCAAUUGCAAAACAUUAGUCUUAGAGUGAAUAAUGAUAAUUUGUAUGAGCAAGCUGAGAGUUUUAUAGUACGUCUGGUCGGCGUGGAGCCUCAAGAAGAAGACGCCAUUAGAAUUGAAAGAAGUAAAAUAAUUCCUGAGAUUCUUGUAAGAAUUAAAGGUCCAAACGACGUUCGGCAGGGCUCACUGCAAUUCGUCGCUGAUUGCUACCCAGACUGUGCCAGUACAAAAUAUUUGACAUUAGCAGGAGGUGCCGCCCUUGUAACAAUUCAACGGCUUAAUGGGAGUGACGGAGACUGCUCCGUCGUAGUUGCGACUAAAGAUGACACCGCUAAAGCUGGUUUAGACUACGAUCAUCUAAAGCAAAAACUUAACUGGAAAGAUGGAGAUUUUAGCGAUCGACAAGUGGUUGUGAGUAUGCUGUUCGCACGAGCAGAUCCAGAUGAAUCGCCACGACGUUUAAUGCUCGUACUUCAAGAGAACGAGGGAGCCUCACUGAGCGAUGUACACGCCAGUAUUUCGUUUAUAGAGAUCACUGGCCCCACCAACGAGUAUCAUAGCGAAAUUAACUUUGCCGCUUCCGAGUUUGAAUAUUCAGGGCUAUUGAAUUCUAAUCUCAGCUUUUCAAACCUUGUAGCCCGCGGCAAAAUGCGACACCAAUUUUGCCCGAAUGUGAUGCUGGAAGAGCCAGGAGUACUGUCAGUGGUUCUCCAGCGCAACUUCGCAGCAUUAUUUGUACCAGCACAAGUAACCGUGAAAAGCAUAGCGAACACGGCAAGCUCAGGCGUUGAUUAUGAGUCGUUGACAGAAGUUGUCACCUGGGUGAAUGAAGACUCUAAAGUGAAGAAGGUGCUUUUGAGGAUCCUGAUCCCACCAAGUUAUGACCCGCAUCCUCGUUCAUUUUGGUUGCAAUUGUCGGAUGUAACUGGUGCAAAGUUUGGCGAGUGCAAUGUUCUCCAAGUGAUACUGAAGGGAAUAGCACAAGGACCACAUUUGGUUUCGUUCGAUUUGAACAUGGCUAUUGGGACUUUGACGCUCCAUACAAAUAUUCCGGCUCGAGCGUCGACACUCAAAGUCACAAAAUUACUGCUUCAGUCCAAUCUAAAGGUAGAUAUCACUUUUCAAUUUAACGCCCGACAAAGUACCACAAGAAGCGCUGACGGAACUUCGAUUGUGGUCAAUAUUGGUCCUGAAGACUUAAACUCGCUUAAGCGUAUGGUUAAUUUUGUAGAAAAUGCAAACGCAAUAUUGCUAAGCACAAAAGCUGGUCUUUUCCAGCAUGUGCUUGACGACUGCCAGAGCUCCGGAAACUUUGUAUGCUCUUCCCUCUUGACUUUGGAAGUCCCCACAAGUGCAGCGCUGACUGUCUCAAUGUUCACGCCAGAUAGUUUGCCUCCCGUUCUUGUUGGCUACAGCUUGGACUUACCACAACAAUUACUAAUGCUCCACUUUUCCGAGGCUGUGGAUAGAAGGACUGUACAAAUUGAAGCCCUGACUCUUGCUGAGACAGCAGCCGGUAUUGAGACCUACAGACUUUUGCCUUCAACUACACAUGUUGUUAUGCCGGAACUAGAUUCAGUAAAUGUUGCUGGGCAGCGUACUGCAGAUGACACAAUUCUUACUUUACAAAUUGGUCAAACCGACGUCACAGCAUUAAGAAGUUUCGGUGCGGGUCGAAUUGGUAUUACAAGAGCACGUACGUUUCUUGGAAUCAAAAGUACAUUCGUGGCAGACUUUGCUGGAAAUGCCGUCAAAGCUGUCGGAGUAGCUAGCAAUAUGCUUCAGCAUUCGGCAGCAGACUGCUCGAGAUGUCCAGACGGAUCCUUUCUUACGAAGUCCUGUUCGGAUCUAAAGGACCGAAUUUGCGCUCCGUGCAGCGUAUGUCCUCAAAAUUCCUAUGCUAUUGAAGUUUGCAGCGCUUUGCAAGAUACAGUUUGCUAUCCAUGCACAGAAUGUCGUUCGAAUCACUACGUUUCGAUAGCAUGCACUCCAAUGACGGAUCGCGUGUGUGCACCGUGUACUCAAUGUACACUGGACGAGUUUGAAGUAUCUUUAUGCGCAGCAGGUGUCGACCGCGUCUGUCGUACGUGUAAUUCGUGCAAGUUGAAUGCUGCACAACGGACUUUGUGCCAGCACAGCCCUAUGUGGAAGCGAUUGCAGAUGAGGUCGCCAUUUAGCUGUCCUCGGCCUGUGCAGGAAUUUCAAUCGCGCGAAAAGCAGUUGCAACGUGCGAAGUCUAAUCGAUGUGGUUCAGGGCGCUGUUCCUGUACAAACACUGGUAUUGCUGGCAACUUGAACCCAUUCGGGAACGGCUUUCCCGAUGAUCAGCGUUGCACUGGGCCUGAAAGAUAUAACAUUCUUGUAUAG